AUGGCUAAAACACUUGCUGAAUAUUAUGCUAUUGACUAUCCAAAAUGUACAAUUGACAACAGUUUCUUAGCUUCAUGGGAAGGCUUGGCCUAUCCAUGCCGUGUUAUCCAGUGCAUUGCUUUACCGAUUCAACUCCUAACUGGUUGGUUCAUUCUGAAAAAGACUCCGAUGAUGAUGAACUCUGUCAAAGUUCCACUGCUUAUAUUUCAUAUAUUCUGCUCAAUUCAAGAUUUUCACGUUCUUUCUCUGGCAAACCCAUAUGUAUUUCUCCCUUCAUAUGCAUUAUUCGGUGUUGGCCUUUUCAGUUGGAUUGGGAUCCCUGUAACAGCUCAAAUGAUUGCAAUGGCUCUCUCAAUUUUCUGUAGCGGUGCAGCCAUGACUUUUCUAUUUGAAAGUCGUGCCAGUGUGAUUCCAAAUAACACAUUCAAACUAACUAAGAAUGGAACCAGAAUAAAGUAUUAUUUUGGAAAUGUGAUAUUCAACUCUGUUAUCUCUUUGUUUUUUGUCACGAAAGUUCCCGAAAACCAAGAGAGUGAAAAGCUGGAAAUACUGAAAAUCAUUCCAUGUCCCGCAGCCGAAUUCUUCAACGAAUCAACUUUUGUGUUUCUUGAUUCCUAUUACGCUGAAAUUGUGAUAGUUUAUGUAGUUCCUAUCUUCCUUAUUCUUGCUCUCUCUCAACUUUUGUUUUUUGCAUUCUGCUCUGUAUACUAUCUGUUCAUCUCACCAACCAGUGAAGUCUCCCCUCAAACCAGACGCCUCCAACGUGGAUUUUUCAUCGGAAUUGUUUUCCAAACGAUGAUUCCAUUCGUCGUCAUGGCAUUACCUUAUAUAGUACUUACAGUGGCAUUAAAGCAUGAUAAGUUAACUCAAGGACUGACAAAUAUUUAUUUUAUGGUUUAUGGAAUGCGUGGUUUCAUGGAAAGUAUUGCUAUUAUUAUGGUACAUCGACACUAUCGGAGAAUACUGUUCGGAUUCUUCAAAUUUGAAAAUAAAGUAAAACCAUCGGAAUCAGACUUGGUGCGGAAAUAA